AUGGAUGAUGUUCAAAGACAAAUUAAUCAUAUGAUUGCUUUUAUAGAACAGGAAGUUAUUGAAAAGGUUGAAGAAAUUCAAUCUAAAGCUGAAGAGGAAUAUAACAUUGAAAAAGGAUCGAUCAUACAGAAACAAAGACUUAAGAUUAUAGAGUUUUACAAUAAAAAGGAGAAGCAAUUACAGGUUUUGAAAAAAGUUCAAAAUUCGCACAUGAAAAAUACGGCUAGGUUACAGGUUUUGAACUCAAGAGAAGAGUUUUUAAAUAAGGUUUUUGAUGAACUAAAGGAGAAAUUAUCUAAAAAAAUUGAAAACGAGAUGCAGUACGAAACAAUUUUAGAAAAGUUUACUUUGCAAGCAUUAUUAAGUAUUUUAGAAAAGCAUGUUACUAUAAAGGUAAAACAAAAAGAUAGAGAACAAAUGAAAGCUUUAAUUCCAAAGAUUCAAAAAUUGUACAAAGAAAAAAUUGAUUGUAAUGUUACAAUUAAUUUGGAUGACAACAAUUUAGGUGAAAAGUGCCUUGGGGGAGUGGAAGUGUAUGGUCUUAAGGGACGGUUAAAAAUUACGAACACUUUUGAUGCUAAAAUACAGAUGCUCAAAGAAAAGGCACUACCCUACAUGAGACUAAUUUUAUUUGGAGAUAACCCCAAUAGAAGAUUUUUUGAUUAA